ACAUGCGCAUUAGCGUGGCCGCAGUGUCGGCGACUAUGGAAUCUAGUGCGGUUGUUAUUAUCAUUACCAGAGACGGUUUAGCGUAGAGUGUUUUUUGUUAUUAUUCAUCCGUAGUUCAGUUGUGUAGUUAUGUUCAGCGCGUGACCCAAACACAGUAACUGUAGUGGUGUUUGUGAAGUGUUUUGUUGACGUAGGAUACUAAAAAAAUGGCUAAAUCUGCCUGGUCGGAGAAAAUGCUCCAACUCCUCCGCCGAAUGAACAACUUUUCUCUACCAGGCUCGUGCCGCCCUGAGUGCUUCAGGUUUGAGAUAAACGAUGCACAGGUGGGUUGGAUUCGCCCUCACGUGGCUCCGCUGUUGGCCCGGCACCCAGAGGUGUUCGCCCCGCCACACGGGGGCGCAGUGGCGCUGCGCCCCGGCCUGGACACCUACGACAGGAGGUCUGCAGCUGUGGACGCCGUCCUGCAAAGUAUGAGACAAGAGGACCACCUGAGCUGCCUUAAAGGAUGGAGAGAUGAGAAGUACAGUGUGAUGCCUAAGUUCUCGGACCCUCCGAUGAUGUGGAUGGAGAGAGCGGCUACGAGUCUUUUCGGGGUGAAGCGGGGUGGAGUCCACAUCAAUGGCUACACCGUCAGCGAGGGGGGGGAGGUCAGCAUGUGGCUGGCGAGACGCUCCUCGACCAAACAGACGUACCCCGGACUGCUGGACAACGUGGCAGCCGGCGGUCUGGCUGCUGGCGUCGGCGUCAAACACACCCUGGUCAAAGAAUGUCAGGAGGAAGCAUGUAUCCCAGCAGCCAUUGCUGAGAAGGCUCGUCCUGUGUCCACAGUAAGCUACACCUACGAGGAGGAAGACGGGGUGUUCGCAGAAAACCAGUUUGUCUUCGAUCUGGAACUUCCUCGGGACUUCAAGCCCAGAGUAGGAGACGGAGAGGUGCACGAGUUCUACCUUCUGCCGAUAGAGAAGGUGAAAGAGCUGCUGGCCACCGAGGACUUCAAACCCAACUGUGCCAUGGUGGUCUUGGACUUCCUCAUUAGACACUCCUUCAUCGAGCCGGACACGGAACCAUGCUAUCAGGAAUUUGUGGCAGGACUCCAUCAGACGUUGGAGUGAAGCAGAGGACCGAGCCCCCGGGCGCAGGUCUACGUUCAUCGAAUGUUGACCUAGAUGUUGGGUCCUCGGCGUGUGCUUUGGGAGAACCUCCUCCGAGACUCGACUGAGUCUAGAACCGGGGGACGGGUGAACUGGAGUGCUGGAUUUGGGACUGAGGGUUUUCCCCAACACAACUCUCUGAACAUUAAGCUUUUAACCCUCGUGUUGUCCUCGGGUCAAAUUUGACACAUUUUCAUUAUUUUUUUUUAAUCACAAAAAAAAUGGGCCUUCGAAAUAAGCUGAAAAUAUCAUCAUUCGAAAUAUCAAAUAACUUUUAGAAAAAAACAUCCAAAAAAAAGGACCCGCUACAUUGAAAAAGUGACAAACGUGUCUGAAAAUGCCAUGACUUUUUUCAUGGUUGACGG